GCCGCCUAUGAGGGUGGUGGUUGGGGAUACUGGUGGUGGUGGUGGUGGGGAUGGGUCUGCUGUCGCGGAGGCGGUGCGGGGAGGGGGCAGGAGUACGCGGUCGGAGCGCCGGGGGACGCGGAACGUGCGCGAGCCCCUGCCCCGGCAUAGCCUGGUGCUGAUGGAUAUGCCGGGGUACGGCCUGAACAGCAAGGCGGAGUGGGGCACCGAGAUCGCGAAGUACCUGGGCCGGCGGGCCAUGCUGCGGGGCGCCGUGCUGCUGGUGGAUGCGGUGGCGGGCGUGAAGAGCGGCGACAGGAUGGUGCUGGGGAUGCUGAGGGACGCCGGCGUCAGGACCGCCGUGGUGCUGACCAAGGCGGACAAGCUGGGGUACGGCGCCACCGAGGCCGGCGAGAGCGCCGUCAAGGGCAUGUGCCUGCGCGUGUGGGAGGAGCUGAGGGCCGUUGAGAAGUCCAGCCUGACCUGGCUCGAGGGGGAGGGCUGGGAGAGGGAGAUCUGGGUCACCGGUGCGGGGGAUCCGAAGAACGGAGGGGUCGGCGUUGAGGGGGCGAGGUUGGCCAUCUGUCGCAUGGCGGGCCUCAUUGAGGAUAACAGGAUGUUAGAUGUCCCCCACGAAUCUCCGACUGGGAAGAUUGUGCCCUUCGAUCAGCUACAGUGGGCACCAAGCAGCACGCCGAACAGCACACCGAGCAGCACACAAACCAUACCGACCCCAUUCCAGAGCAUACCACAGAGCGCCACACCAGUGAGCCGUCCUCGGGGACGCACGCACCGAGCAUCAUUCUGAACGGACCGGACAUAACUGGCUCCAUGUAUAACAAACCACUCAUAGAUGUAACAUAUGUGAUACCCAUGUAUUUUAUGGAAGACCAAACGACACUAUCCUCCUGUCUAUAUUCAAAACACAUACAGAUCCUACCCGGGAGAAACAAUACUUUUGCUAGGCACA